AUGGAACAUACCACAAAAAAGAAAACACAAAGAAGAAAAAAUACAAAUCCUAACUACUCGAACACGGUCAACAUCGCUAUCUGAUUCACUACACAUGUGAUAUCCAGUCACAAAGAUCAAUAAAAUAGAAGGUAUGGAUAUUAUAAACACAGCUAUACAAACUAAAAAUAGGUUCAGCUUAUUUGCAGAAUGCCACACAAUCGAACAAGAAAACGCAAAUCAAAAUAACGAAUCCCUCAAGGGUAACACAUCAACACAUAUCAAACAAAACACAAUACCAAACAAAAACACAAGUUACAAAGUCACAGAACACUAAACCACUUCCCAUCUAUGAACAUGGAAACAUAAAUCACGCCAAGAUCCUGGACGCCUUUAGAGAAAAAUACAACAAUGCUUUUCAAAUCAAAUUCACCUUUAACAAACUCAAGAUCAUGUUUGCUAAUCUUAACGACUUUACUGAAAAUUAUUUACCAGAAGGAAAACAUUGA